AUGAUAAAGGGGGCGGAGGUGGAGGUGGCUUUGGUGGUGGCUUUGGUGGUGGCGGCGGAGGAGGUAUUGGAGGAGGAUACGGCGAAGGUGGAGGUGCCGGCGGAGGGUUCGGUGGAGGUGUCGGAGGGGGUGAGGGAGGCGGCGCCGGAGAAGGUGGUGGUGCAGGAGCAGGAGCAGGUGGUGGUGCAGGUGGUGGUGCAGGUGGUGGUGCAGGUGGUGGUGCAGGUGGUGGUGCAGGUGGUGGUGCAGGAGCAGGAGCAGGUGGUGGUGCAGGAGCAGGAGCAGGUGGUGGUGCAGGUGGUGGUGCAGGAGCAGGAGCAGGAGAAGGAGGCGGCGGCGGUGGUGGUGAAGGUGGUGGCAUGGGCAGCCACUGCGCAAAAUGAAGAACCAGAAGAGCGGUCAUGA